AUGCUCUUUCAUGCAUUUAACAGCUCCGGCACUGAAAUGGCUGUUUCGGUUAACACAAACGACGUAUAUAUACUAAGUUGUCCAUCUAGUCCAGGCGAAAAGUUUCAGCUCACUGACGUACUCAAAGAGCAUACUUCCCUAGUUAUGAAUUUAGACUGGGCUCCCAAAAGUGAUAGGAUUGUUUCGUGUUCCGCCGAUCGGAAUGCUUAUGUCUGGACAAAACAAGCCGAUGGGAAAUGGAAGCCUACCUUUGUCAUGCUCCAGGCACGUUUAGCUGCACUUUGUGUGAGGUGGUCUCCUUUAGAAAAUAAAUUUGCAGUCGGAAGUGGCUCGAAAUUAAUCGCUGUUUGUUUCUUUGACGACCGGCAGGAUUGGUGGAUUAGCAAGCACAUUAAAAAGCCAAUUAGAUCAACCGUUACUUGCGUUGAUUGGCACCCAAAUAAUGCUAUUGUUGCUUGCGGUUCUACAGAUUUCCGUGUUCGAGUUUUUGCCGCUCAAAUAAAGGGUCUCGAUGUUAUUGUUUCCGAAACAGAGUGGGGCAAGACCUCUGUUUUCCAAACUUUAUUGUUUGAGGCAUCAAAUGGUGAUGGCUGGGUGCACAGUGUUUCAUUCUCUCCCGAUGGCAAAAGAUUGGUCUGGCUCAGUCACAAUUCGCGAGUUAUGAUUGCCGAUUCAACGGCUGGUGGAGGCUCAGGAGACACAAACCGUCCUGCCUUAGUUGUCAGUCUUCGCUUAACACAUCUUCCCCUAACCACAUGUAGCUGGAUUUCGGAUUCUUUUUUCUGUGCUGCUGGGCAUGAUUGCCAUCCAAUGGUAUUUAGUUAUUCUGCACUAACUAGUGGAAUUCAGUUCAUUCAGUCUCUCGACUCCAAAAAUGAGUCACGAGGAGACAGCAAAAUGACGGCUAUGCGGAAAUUCCGGGAUAUUGAUCGCUUCGCUACUUUAAACAAUGCUGGUUCUCGGCUUCCUACUUUGCAUCAGAAUUCUAUCAAGCAAGGCUCUACUUCAUCUUUUUAUUAUAUUUAUAUUUACUCCUCUUUAAUUAUAUGGUCCUGA